AUGCUAUUAGGAACAACGAACAGAAUCCAUCAGUUUGACUCAGAUCCUGAAGAUGAAGAGGAGCCAUCAACUAAAAGAGCAAGACUUGAAAAUCUUUCUGCAAAUCAAAUUUGGGAUCCAGAAGCCAUAAAAUCAAUCGAUAGAAUCAUUUUCUAUGAUAGCAUCUAUAUUCCACUUGAGAGAGCAGAAGACUCUGAAGAAGAUCUGGUUCAGUUGGAACAUGUCAGAACUGUUUUCAAUUUUGAAGGUGGUCUGCGGACAAAUCAUUUGAUAAUACCUGGACAAAUGAAAUUUCAGGAUAUUCCGGAUAUAUUAUUCUGUCGCAAAAUUUCCGACCUAUUGUGCAACAAUGUCGGAAAAAUCAUCUUGCCGAUCAAAAAACUGAAGCUUGUGAUUUUCAAAGAAAGGAUCGAAAUUCAUUUAUCUGACUCAGAAGAAAAAGGAUAUUUAAUGAAAAUUAUAUACAAAGGUGAAGAAGGAAAAGGAAAGAGAAUAUGUGGAGAAGCUUUGCAUCGAGAGAUGGAUGAUUAUAAAACACUGGCAGCUUGCGACUUUUUCUUUCUUCUCAAGAGUCCAGAACUCAAAUUAGAAAAAUUGGGAUUCAAAAUUAAGAAAGAUGAAUCCAUGGAUCGGUACCCUGAUGUAUCUGUUCUUGAUAUUAUCGUGAACUUUCUAGCCGCGCUAGAGGAUCUUUUGGAGAAUUUCAAGCCGAGUUAUUUAGAUGAAAUCAAGAUUCGGGUCUGGAAUGAUGAGAAGGUUUUGAGCAGUGCAAAUUUUGAGCCAAUUAAGAAUAUAAGCUUUGGAGGAUGCUAUGAAACUGAGCAAUGGAAGAAUGCGAUUGAUUUGGAUAUUCGUGAUGAUUUGAUUCCAAAAGACUGGGAUAAUUUUGCACAUUUUGAGGAGAUUAAAGUGAAAUCUGUGGAUCAGAACGAUUUGAGAAAAAUGUUAGAAAAUCGCCCGACAAAUGCCGACGAGCAAUACAUAGUGACUGUAUCAGAGCCAUUGAAAAUUGAAGAUAUGACAGAAGCAUUUAAAGAUUCUGGAACGUUUGAUAAGGACCCGGAAAGUCCGGAUUUUCAAUUCCCAUUGGAACUUACUAAAACUGGAUACGAAUUCAUCAUUUUCCGCAUUGACAUCAAUGAAGUCAAAAUGAGUGAUGAUUCACCGGUGACCAAAAAAAACUACGAGCCAUUUAUCAAGAAAAGGUUUGAAGAACGUGUCAGUCUCGAACUAACACAUACCUAUUUGUGCCGAGCGAUUCAGAAGAAUCAGAGGAAUCCAGGGGAAAAAAUCACUGCUCUCACUCCGCUUAAUGCAAUUCAAGAUGACGUGGAAGAUUCAGAAGCAGUGACGUCUUCUUCCAGCCCAGAUGUUAAUAUGGAACCAAGUUCUAAAAGAUCAAGAGCAUCGGAUAAUCCUGAAAACGAAAAAUUUGACUCCAUAAAAUCAAAAGAUCCCAUCUCAUGCGAUCCAAAGGCUUAUGAUCCACCUGGCCCAAGAUCAAACAUUGAUUCGGAUCCAGUUCAGUUUGAAACUGUCCGAGAUGUCUUUGAAGAACAAGCGGAACUUUUAACGAAUCGCUUCGAGGAUUCUGUGAAACUUCAGGAUAUUCCGGAUAUAUUGUUCAGUCGACGAAUUUCCAAAGAACUUUCCGAGAGAAUGGAGGAGAUCGAAAUUCCGAUUGCUAGAUUGACGGUUUCGAUUUUUACGGAUUUUGUUAUAGUCGACAUAUACGAUGAAGAUGAAGAAGUUGAGAGGAAACCAAUUGUAAUCAGAUAUCAAAAGACUGAAGAGAGAAGCAUCACAUGUAAUGAUUAUAAAUCAGUGGCGGCUUGUGGCAUUUUCUUUGUUCUCCAACAUCCGGAUCUUAAGCUCCAAAUUUUGACAUUCUACAUUUGUGAAGGUGGCGAUCGAUAUGUCGAUGUUUCCCUCCAAAAGCUGAUUCUGAAAUUACUCGAGCGAUUAGAGCAUAAAGUCCAUGUCGAAAAGUUCAUAUAUACAUAUAGCAGAGAAGAGCUUUAUGUUCCAAAUACCGUCACAAACUAUUUGCCGCAAUUACUGCGAGCUUUCCAGCCUGGAACCCUGAAAAAAAUUGAUCUAGCCUUAUGGAACGACAAAGAAGUUUUGGGAAGAGGAAUGUACGAACGAAUUAGGGAGUUGAAUUUUGAAGAGGUUUUCAACACUAGGCAAUGGAAAGAGGCGACACAGUUGGAUGACUUGGAUGGUCUCGUUCCUAAAGAUUGGGACAAUUUUAUUCAUUUGAAAACUAUUAAUAUGAAAUCAGUGGAUCAGAAUGAUUUGAAGUACUUCCUAAAUUACAUUCCAAAAUAUGCCGAUUCAAUUUUUGAAGUUACAUAUGAGAAAUUGAAAGAUAUUGCAGUCGUAAAAGCAUCAUUCAGAGGACAUGGAAAAUUCGACGCAGACCCAGAUUCUACUGAAUUCGAUUUUCCAUUAAAAUUCUAUCGAGAUGUUGAAGAUGAACGACGUUUUCUGGUCUAUAAGUUGGAUAACGAUCGCUUUGAAAUUUAUUUCCAGAACGAGAAGCCGAAUUGCGAGCUUUGGAAUUAA